AUGUUGAAACUACUGCUGAUGAUAUCAUUGUAUUAUCCCUUGUCCGUCGGGUUGACAUUUUAUCAAAAAUGGUUCAUUAAAGUGAGUUCUUUGUUGAUUUUUUUGUUGGUUUAGGUAAUAGCGGAUGGAGAACAAGAUUUUAGAGAUUAGAAUCAGUAAUUUGAUAGCGAAGAUGUUUCGGAUUUUUUUUGCUUUUAAUUAAAAACUGUUAAAAUUUUGAAAAAUGUUACCUAAAAUAACGAAAAAACUUUACAAACUUGGCUUCUUACGGAUAUUUUUGAACAGUAUGGGUUAGCUAAUAAUGAAUUUGAUAUUCUAGAGGGUCUUUGAAGCUAUAAGAUUAGGAAAACAUUAAAAAAGUAUAGUGUUAUCUUCUAUGGUCAUGAAUAAUAUGGAAAAUAGAAAUUAAAAUGAUCGUAAGAGUUUUAGUACGAUUUGAUUUGCAAAAGACGACCAAAAAAAUCAUUAUAUUUUAGUUUAUAUUAGUCAAAAAGGCAAUGUUUUCCAUCUAAAGCACUAAAAUUUCCGAUUUCAGCACUACAGUCUACCUCUCCUGGUCGUUUCGGGUCAUUAUUUAACUAAGUUCGUGCUUGCCAUUUCAAUUCGUGCUAUUAUUGAGUUGUAUACAGGACAACGAAGGCCUCGUGUUGCUAUCAAGGAUCAAAUCAGAUGGUUACUGCCUGUUGGAUCAUGUGCUUCACUUGAUAUUGGACUAUCAAAUUGGGCAUUGGAAUAUGUAACUGUCAGCUUGUAUACGAUGGCUAAGUCAAGGUAAAUUGAGGUCUUUGGUUAAUGUUUUUUGUUUUUAUGGGAGAGUGUACAGUAAUUUGAAUCUAUUUUCAGCCUUGUCUUUUAAAUGAAGUUUCUUUUCAGUUCAAUAUUAUUCAUAGUAAUAUUCUCCUUGAUCCUUCGCCUCGAACGUUGGCGUCCAUCUCUUGGUGUGGCCGCCUCUCUCAUUGCAUUUGGACUAGUUCUUUUCACCUGGCGCAGCGAACAGCUAGACGUCCGUGGUCUAGCUCUGGUCGAAUUGGCCGCCUUAUGUACGGGUGUGAGAUGGACCGUGAGUCAGUUGAUAAUGCAAUCGGAUGAUCAACCAAGUCCACUAAGACACCCAUUGGACAUGGUGGCUCACGUUCAAACGUGGAUGUUCUUCACCAUAUUGCCGGUCGUUUACAUGGUCGAAGGGGGUGACAUCAACUGGACGUCGAUAGCCUCGUUCGACCAGAGUUAUGAACCGUUCACGAUAGUGGUAUUGGUGCUGUUUGGCGGAGUGCUCGCUUUUUGCAUGGAAAUGUCUGGUGGGUUUAUUGGUACUAGCUUUAGAAAAUGUUUAUUCAUAUUUUAAAGUGGUUAAAAGGUAUUUUGAUAUUGUUUUUAUCAAGAUAUAAAGGAUAAUAUAGUAGAUUUUGUACAAAAAUUUAAUUUUUUUAGUUUUUUUUAUGGUUUUGUUGAUAAUGAUUAUUUUCAGAGUUCCUGCUUCUUGUUAAUACUUCUGGUAUCACAUUGAACAUCUUAGGCAUUAUCAAAGUAAGAUUUUUAUUUGUUUUUAUGAUUUUUAGGGUUAAGUAGUCGCAAGUUAGGUGAAUGCUUAAAUACGAAAGCUACGACGUAUUUUACUUUUCAUAAGGCAUGAAAAAGGGCUAUUUUUAAUGUUUUUACAGUUUUUAAACGUGUUAUUAUAAUAUAAAGGCCUUUAAUAAGUCUUGUUGUCAAUUUAUAGAUAUUUGAACGUUUAAAAACGACAAAACUUUUUUAAAGCUUUUAAAAUACACCAAAAAUUUUGAAAUUCAAAAAUUUCAAUUUAUAAAUAUUUCAGGAAGUAAUAACUUUGUUAUUGGCCCACCAACUCCAUGGCGAUCGAAUCACGCCUCUAAACAUUACGGGUCUAGGCCUAACCCUAACAGGAAUGCUCGUCCAUGGCAUGACGAAGACGGCGGCUCAACAAAGGAAACACUCUCGGCUUCAAAACUCAAUGGAAUGUCUGGAUUUGGACAGAGCGUCGACGUACAUCAAGAACAGUAUUAAGAAUGGACCGUUAAGUCCAAAAGGUGCGCCUUCUGAAGAUAGGGAACGAUUGCUACAGGUUGCAGUUGAUUAA